AUGGAGCCACACGUAUUUAGGGAACUUGCGGCAUUACUUGAGUCACGCAGCCUACUACGCAGUAGCCGAAUUGUAUCUGUUGAGGAACAACUGGCAAUUUUCAUGACUGUUGUGGGACAUGCAGCACCAAAUAGAGUAGCAUGCGAGCAGUUCCAGCAUAGCUCUGAGACCAUCAGCCGUUAUUUCCACAUGGUACUUUGUGCUAUUAACAGUUUGGCUAAUGAGAUGAUCCAACUGCCUGGUGGAGAUGAACCGGCUCAUCCACGGGUCCGCAAUACCCCGUUUAUGGACGCUCUUGGAGCAAUAGAUGGAACCCAUGUGUCGGUUAUUGUUCCCAAAGAAAUACAAGAGAGAUUUCGUAACAGGUUGGGAGGGAUCGGCAGCAGAGACAUGAGAGUAAUGCAGUCUUGCUUGGACGAUAGAAGUUUCUCAAUCCCGGAAGGGAAGUAUUAUCUUGUUGAUGCGGGCUAUGCCAACACCACAGGCCUUCUUGCACCAUACAGGGGAGAGAGAUACCACCUUGCUCAGUUUACUAGUGGCCGGACACAAUAUCGUAAUAUGAAGGAUAAAUUUAACCAUAGUCAUGCUCGUCUAAGGAAUGUUGUCGAGAGGGCUUUUGGUCUUCUUAAGCGUCGUUUCAAGAUCUUGCGUGUUCCGACACCUUUCUCAGUAGAAACGCAACGCGACAUUGUCAUCGCAUGCGCUGUAAUCCACAAUUAUUUAUGCAAGCACACCAUCCGUGAUCCCAACUUGGAGCAAGAUCAGAACUGUCAUGUCGAUGAAGGUAGCUAUCCGAAUGUGGGAAGACCACAUCAAAGCAGUGAUGGUGGACGUGGCACAAGUCAGUCAGUCCGAGAUAGUGUAGCUCGACAAUUGUGGUUAUCCUAA